AUACUGUAGGGUCACACUGUUUCUGCCAACUUUGCUGUAUGAAAAAGCUAGUUUAUUGUUUAACAGAUAUCCACCGAAAUGAGUUCCAAGGAAACAAAGGCGCUUAUUAAAGACAUUCGCGAAACCAUAAAGCUGGCUAAAUAUGGUGACGCCAUACACAAGUGUCAACGCCUGCUGAAAGGCGACCCAAAGAAUUAUAUGGGUUACUUGUUGCUCGGCGCCGCCUACCAAAAUGUUGAUAAGUCCGAGGCGGCGAAAUACUUGCACAAAUCCAUUGAGUACACGGAAGGUCCGGCUACAGUUGCCCUGCAAGGAUUGGCUAACUGCGCACCGAACACCGAGCUACCCGACAUUUAUGAUCAGCUGCUCGAUUUAAUACCUGAAAAAACGUUGGAUUACUAUGAGAAGCUCUUUACGCUAUCAUCGGACGCUACAUUGUGGCAGGCUUGUUUAAACAUAUUCAAAAAGAGAGCGCUAAAUCAUGAGGAUGUCAAUAGUGCUAAGAUUCAAGAGUAUCUCGGAAGAAUUUGGUUUGCCAAUGAUGUCGAAAUUGCAGCUGCUGAUCAUGAGUUGUACGAAAACAGCAUGGAGACUUUACUACGCAUUGGAGAUGCAGAGCUAAAGAGCAACGUAUAUAAACGUUAUCUGAAAUGGCUCUAUAAGAACCAAGAUCUGGUGGCUUGUCUACGUAACGCCUGCAACAUGACAGUAUCUCAUCCUCGCGCUGUCUAUGGCUACGAAUGGAUCUGUAAAAUCUAUUGCGAAAACCAUGAUCAGCCAAAUACUGAAGAAUGGAUGAAAGAACUAAAACUACCCAUACAAACAUAUGCCGAACAACUUUUGGAGUUUAAUGCCAACUCAAAUUUGGCACUGCUAAUCAAGGCGUUUGAUUUAUUCAAGCAAGAGCAAUAUGUGGCAGCAAGACAACUGACAUUGCAGGCACAACAAUGCCAUCCCAGCUAUAAGGUGACUCUACAAUUGCUGGCACGCAUUCACAUGAAGUUCGGAGCAUAUCGUCUGGCAUCGCUGUUGUGGCAAGAGCUGGGCCGUCAAAACGAAGAGUUUGCGCAGUGUCAAUCGUACGAGAAAGAUGUUAGCAAGUUGAAGGAAGCUGCUGAAUUGCUCACUGGAUUCCCACAAAGCGAAUUAAAUGUCAAAGCUUUGGCACGCUGUUAUCACAAGCUUGGGGAAGCAGAAAAACUAAAAUCCUUACAACUGGAUGAUAUUACGCGGGCCGAAUAUUUGCUAUCCCCUAACGAAGCUGUGAAAGCCAUGGCUGGCAAGGAGUCGUUUGAAGCGUUGCUGCUUUGUGGCAAGCUACAUAUGGAACUCAAGGACUAUGGUGAGGCACUCAACUGCAUGUUGAAAGCCGCUCGAUUGCAGCCGCAUAUUGCCGAAUGCUUUGACUAUUUGGCUCGCUUGUAUCAGGCCAAUGGUGACAUUUCUCGUGCUCGCAAAUGUUUCGAAAAGUGCAUCAGCCUGAAUGCGUUAUCCCAGCAGGCUGUCGAUUCAUUGAGCUCCAUCUAUCAGCAACUCGGCGAGGAGGAUCUUAAUGAAACAUUGUUGCUGAAUACGCUGCGUUACUUGAGCGACGACGAAGCUGUUCGCCUGCAGUACAAGCUAGGAUUGCAUUUUUUGCAUGUGCACAAGUGGGAUAAUGCCAUUCAAUGCUUCCGCUUGGCCAUCAAAUAUGAUGUUAAAUGCAUGGUUUAUUGGGAAUCGCUGGGUGAUGCUUAUGCUGGACGCGGUUCUUACAAUUCUGGCAUACGUGUCUUUCAGAAAAUACUCGAGCUCUCUCCUGGCAAUUGUUAUGCACUACUUCAACUGGCGGUUAUCAAGACGACUAUACGCAUGUAUCCAGAGGCAAUUGCUGAUUUUGACUUGCUGCUAAAAGAUCAUCCAGAUUACUUGCCGGCUUUAAAAGGCGCUGCCGAGGCUCACAUUGGCCUGGCCAAUAACCUAAAGUCGCAGAACAUUUAUGGGCGCGCUAAGGAUCAUUUCCAGCUGGCUGUGGGACAUCUGCAAAGCGCCUUUUUGCAACCCAAAGCACAGGGAAUGAUUUGGCUAUGGCGGCUUACAGCUAAUGUUUUUGUUCAGACAGCACAAUUGCCGCAGUCUUUGGCUAAUUUAGAUGUUGCCGGCAGUUUGGCCAAACGUGAGGAGGAGAUAGCUUACUUAUCGCGAAAAGAUCUUUUGCAAUUGGCGCAGCGAUUUUAUCUGUGCGCCUUGAAGUUUAAGCAAAACACUUUUCUGUGGUACGAAUUGGCAUUGUGUAGCUACUACAGUGCCGUCUACAUGCCAGAGGAAGCCAAGGAUCAUCUGGAGACGGCUGCGAAGGUCUGCAAAAUGGCCAUCAAAGAGAACACGAAUCGCUGGCAAAACUGGAAUCUACUUGGAGUGAUCAAUAUGCAUGCUGCCAAUGAGAAUCUAGCUGUGGCACAACAUUGCUUUAUUCAAUCGCUUAAUCUGGAGCGUCGAUCUUAUACGUCGUGGACAAAUCUGGGUGUGCUGUACCUUAAGCUGAGCGAUAUUCGGCUGGCAAACGAGGCAUUUAAGCGAGCUCAACAAUCAAGCCCAAUUUAUCCAAAUGCUUGGAUUGGACAGGCGAUGGUAGCUGAGCUAAUUGGCGAUCAGGAAGAAGCAUUCGAUCUCUUCCGGCAUUGCCAGCAGUUUGAGUAUCAUCCGGAAGCAGCUAUCGGCUAUGCCCAUUGGGUAUGCCAGGUGAUAUCAGAUCCUGAGUUGCGAGAGAAACCACACAAUAAGUAUGCCAUCGAAAAUUGGCAUGCAGACAUUUAUGCGUUGGAUGCCAUCAAUUGGUAUGUGCAAAAUGAGGAAGCAGAUGCUAGUGUUUCGGCGCUUACCUUUCAAGGAUUCCUCUGCAUUCGCCAGAAACUUUAUCAGCAAGCCAUCAAAGCCUUCAGCCGCGCUUGCAAACAAUCAGAUCCUGGCGCGGAUCGCGAUAAGCUUUACACGAAUCUUGGCUAUUUAUACCUGAAGAUUGGCCAACCUGAACAGGCCGUUAAUGCUUUUAAUACUGUUGCGCAUGCAACAUUUAAACCCAUCAUUGGCUUGGCAUUAGCCUACUAUCGAUCUGGGCAACUGGAACAAUCCUAUUCAAUAUACAACUCUGUGCUCGGCAGCGUUGUUGGUCAGGACGAUGAGAAGGCAGCAACGAUUUUAGUGGCUAUGGCAUCGAUGGUCUAUGCAUUCCAAGGCGAAAGGGAUACAAAAACCGUGCUCUAUCAAUGCAUUCUCCUAAAGGGCGUGCCUAUUCAAGCCUUGUACUCGGCAUGUGCUUUGGGUGUCCUUCAUGAGGACAACGACCUGUGUGAGAUGAUUAUGUCCGAGUUUAAAGCCUAUCAAUUCAAUGAGGAACAUUGCGCUAAUAUUGCCUAUCUCACGGCCUACUACUGGUUAAUUAAUGUGGGUGCCCGACAAGCGCUUAACUAUUUGCAGACACAAGUUCGCAUGUUCCCGCUGAAUGCCGGCUUGCGCAGGGUGUUUCUGAAGUUUCUACUAGAUUAUUUCCGAGAGGAUUCGCUCUACGAACUUGCCACCGCCAACACUGCAUUGAUGACCCUCAAAUUGGGACAUAAUAGCUUGCGUAGCAGCAUUAAAGCCAGCGAGGAGGCGGAAACAAGAAUUUAUGUAAGUCGUGCUUUGGAACCUGUGGAUAAGACUCAAUCUGAAAAGCAAAUCCAAUGUGCUCUUCGUUUAAAUCCCAGCAACACGGAGGCCAGACAGUUACUUGCAGCGAUAACUGCACAUUAGCAUAAAGUACAAUUUUGUAAUUCUGAAAAAAUAAAAUUUGUUGCAAAAAAUCCUUCGAGCCGGAGUCGAACCAGCGACCUGUGGAUGUCUACAAGAAUUUCUCACUACAGUCCAUCGCUCUACCAACUGAGCUAUCGAAGGUGGGUA